GGUACAUUUGAGAAGUGGCUUCGAGAGUGCUUCAUGUAUCUACAAUGUAUGUACGACGAGUGCGGAACGGAGGAGAAGGUACAAGACGGAUCGCGAGCAGAGAUGCCUUCUUAUGACAGGCUCCAACUUCAACAUGCGUGGAGUGCCGACAAGUGAGAUUCAUUUUGCUACUUUGAGAGUCCCAAGAUCUUCUGACAUGUCGAAUUCUACCAACUAUGGAGCUGCUGCGAGGGACUUGGAAUGUUGAAAAUUUAGCAUUUUAACGCUCUUCAUUUGGGCAAGAUAUAGAAACGGGAGAAAUCUCUCAAAGAUCGCAUGUACAAUAGUCACUCACGCUAUCGAUCACCGGACUUGAUCUCCAAGCAAAAGUAUCCCAUUCUUCUCGUCAUCGGUACAACCUCACCGAGCACAAACAGUGCUCACUGGAAAGCUCAUCUUCAUCGUCCCCGGACGUUUCUCGUUCCUCACCUUUUAUUCUCUAAAGCAUAUGCGUGUCCCGAAACUCGAGCAACAUCUCUCACGAAACCUCCGACGGCAAUCGAGGGCUAAUUCAGUGGCGAUUCGGACACUGAUGCGGACAUUCGUCGUCUCACACAGAGUAAAAAAGAAAAAGAGUCAAAUCGCAGCUGCCGCGAGAGAUGAAGAGUGAGACGGAUGUUCGAAUCGACGCGCACUGGAAUCGAAGCUCCCGCCGGCAGCAAGCCUUGGGAUCAGAGAGAGAGAAAGAGAGAGAGGGGACAUUCCAAGAUGCAGCUCGUCGGACGCAUCAUCGAUUAGGGUACAGACAACAUCGCAACAGUUGUCCGUCGACGACGGGCACAACGGGCACAAGACUGCAAAUCUUGACUGGGCGAGCGAGAUUCAAACCCUCUCCUUCCUUCCUUCCUUCCUUCCUUCCUUCCUUCCUUCGGGCGCACGCCAUCGAGAAAAGGCGCCGCCGCCCGUUGAGCCAGCCGGCCAGGAGCGUGCGCCAAGCAGGACCCAGCGGGAUGUCACCACGUCGGGACGCCGGGGGAGGAGAAGAGGGGCGGGGGGUGGGGCGGGAGAAUGAGUGUUCUCUUGAGAGCGCGACAGCGAAGAUCGACAGCGUUCGAGCAAAGCAAUCGUCUUCCAUUGUCGUCCAGCUUGGGCAGUAGCGUCGGCAGUAAUGCUCGAUGAUUAUUAAUUACACGACGGCACAUCAUAGAGCCUCAUCCGUAGGCGAAGAGGGCGAAGGGCGAAGGGCCGAGGAGGUGAGGGUUAGGGAAAGGGCGGCACCGAAAGUGUGUUGUGAGUGUGAGUGAGGGAGAGCUCGGGAUGCUCUUUUGGAGACGAUGGACGGAUUGAUCCAUUGAUCGAUAGAGGGGAAGGCGGAACUGGGAGGCGCAUCCAAUGAGGCGUGAGUAGGACAGCUAAACUGGAGGAGGAUGGUGGCGUGUUCGCUGAUCAACAGACAGUCAGAUUCGGGCAAGCACUUGCCGGCGAAACAAGUGUUCUGGUGCUCUUGGUUAUGGGACCGGAGAUUACUACUAAUAAAGUUCGAUUUGUCGUUUCCAGUCCACCGCCAUUUUCUCACGCUUGGCUCGAACAUGUGUCUCGUCCUGCUUCGUGGCGAGUACCUUCGCAUCUUCCGACUGGUUCUUCGAGUUCGGAUUUGAUACCACCAAUGUACUCGCACUAGCGCAGGUCAUAAAGAAAGAAAUGUAUCGAACCCGAACCCCGUCUCUGUCUCGUCCGUCCUGGUACCUGGCGAAUUCGCAUCAAUGAAUGAGCCCGUAGGCCAGUUCUGCCACGGUAUCCGAGGUCAUUUCGAGUCGUAAACUACCGCUCGCCGAAAUCUAACGCAGAAAUGCGUCACAGUGCGGAAAGUUGGGAGGUUUUAUCUUGCUCGUAGGAUGGAUGACGGUACGGUAUCAUCUGCGAGCUCUACAGGUGGGCUUCCAAAGCCUCGCUAGCACAAUGUGCCUGUGCCGAUGCCACUUUACUGCAGCUCGGAAAUUCAGUCACUUUAGAGCUGUGAGUCUCCCGAGCGACUGAGGAUCCAACACCACAUACACCAUUUUCCUAUCAUUAGCUCUGGUAGGCGAGCAUCCUUGGA